GAAUGUUCUGUGGCGUUUCUGCGAUUGUUCUAUGGUAGCGUGUAGUUUCUAAAAGCCGGGAAAAUAAUAAACAUCGGUAACUACACGUGUAGUAACAAUUUCUUAUAAGUAGCUUUUCUUAUUAAGUAAAACUAACUUAAAUAUGAGUAAGGCACAUCCUCCUGAGCUUAAAAAAUACAUGGAUAAGAGGUUAUCACUCAAAUUAAAUGGUGGAAGACACGUUGUUGGGAUUUUACGUGGGUUUGAUCCAUUUAUGAACAUGGUUAUAGACGAAAGUAUCGAAGAAUGUAAAGAUGGUACCAAAAACAACAUUGGAAUGGUGGUAAUACGUGGAAACAGUGUAAUAAUGUUAGAGGCUUUAGAUAGGAUAUGAACUGAAACAUGG